CACCCGAUCCUCAACGGUUCCUCUGGGAAGCGGUUCGACGCAGGAUUGGAUGGGGAGCCAGCUGUACAGACAGACAUCAACGCCGACGUACACUGAUCUGCUGGAGAGGCGGACCCCCGUUGGUUAUGACGCAGGACUCGUAGAUCUCAGCUUCGGUUUGAGGUCUGGGAGUGCAGAGGACGUCACACACACCGUUCUCGUGAACCCAACUUCCGACACCAACCACGCACCGCCUUCAGUGGGGCUGUCGGGCCUUCCUGAUACCCACGCCUGGUGUUCUGGUCAGUCGGGCGACGAACGUGGAGUCCUUUUGCGAAGGCGGGGGGCAGUGGUUACAGCAGGUGUGGCCGUGUCGAGGACAAGGACAGGUGGAUCGACGACGCCAACCGGUAGAAUCGACGGACGAGGGGAUGACGAUGAGGGCUCCGCUGCGGAGGUCGUGGGACGAAAGGUUUGGGAUGAUCAUCGGCGACAAUCCCGUCAAUCGAGCAAGUCCGCCAUAACGAGAGGGGUGGCGAACAUUAAUGUGAGGGCGGACGAUGUAUUCGGCGAUUGCGAUGGUGCAGGGGGCGAAGAUUGCGCUGCAGGCAACGGGAGCAAUGACAACGACGAGGACGAUGACGGGAAGAUGGAGAUUCGUCCGAUAGGGAGGAAGCGGGGAGGGUCAAGGGCCACAAACAAGUCUACAGAGCCGCGCGCGGGGCGGGGAGGCAAGAAGGGUGCGGGAGAUACGUCGACAUGUGAGGUAGCAAAAAGCAGGGAUUUUUGGACCGUGGACCACAUGAUUGCUGUGAUCCGAGCUAAAAGAGACCAGGACUUGCAUCUGGCCGGCCUCGGCCACAACAGCGGAAGGAUGAAGACGAAGACAUGGAAGUGGGACGACGUCGAGAAGAGGCUCGUGCAGAUGGGGUUGAUGAGUAGAAAGGCCGAGGACUGCAGGAAAAAAUGGGACAACCUGUACCAGCAGUUCAAAACCGUGCACAAGUUCAUGGGCGAAUCGGGGAAGCCAAAUUUCUUCACACUAACGCCGGGAGAGAGGAAGGAGCGGGGGUUCGAUUUUCGGAUGGAUGAACGUGUGUAUUCGAAGAUGAAGGCCAUGUCCAGGGGCGAUCACACUAUACACCCCACGAAUCUCGCGGACACAGGUGUGGCCGAAGGUGUUCAAAUGCCCUGUCCACGUGGAGGUCGGAAUGAAUCCGGCGGUAGCGAGGGAUGCGGGGAUGGACAGGACGACGAUCAGGGAUCGACGAGGGAUUCAACGUUCAGCGGCGUUGGUGGUGGCGGGGGCGGCAGACGGAAGAAUGUAAGACAGCAGACCUUCGACACGAUUGCGGACGACGGUGGACAGCGCGAGCAAGAGGCAGUGCUCAAUUCUGAUGAGGCAAUGCAACAUUCUGGAGCGAGAGCUAGAAGUGCAGAAGGAACACUACCACCGUCCGCGCAAAAGGGCGAUACGACGGCGAGCGACACUCGUACGUCGGCGGCGGAUCACAGCAGUAGAAGCGUAGUCGCCGAAGGUGCGGAGGAGGCGAGGGUCGAUGACGUCCGUCACGACGAUGGGAGAAGAGAAGGAAAGCGGGAGGGCGAUGACGACGACGACCGUCCACUUGUCACGAGGUUGAAGGGAGCGGCAAAGGAGGACGAUGUGGAGGAGAGGUCGAAGUUGUGGGUUGAUUGCGACGCUUUCUGGGAUCAGGGCCCGGGGAAACCAUUGAGGGAGGCGGUAGGUGACUGCGCGGACUACUUUGUCGCCAUCGCUAACGGAGGUGCAGGAGCUGAACCGCCUGCGAUGCUCGUAAUGCCGCCGAAUGAUGUGCCGCGCUUCAAGAUCGAGGACCCUGCGAAGCGCGAACCCGCUUUGUGCAGAGCGCGCAACGUGGAAAAACUGGUGUUGCGCACCAUCCACGGCUGGAUCUUCAAAUCGUCGUCGAGGUCGACUGGCUUCGCUUGUGCAGAGUCGUACAUCAGCGUGGACUUAGCUACAGACGUCGCACGAGCAGUUUGGCAGGGAUACGAAUGGUCGAACGUGGUUUCCCCUACCCUGGUCUACCACACGCUGGCGAUAAAGAUGGACGUUCCUUUGUGGUUCGCGGGGGUGAAGAUUGUGGACCGGCCUGAAGACGACGACAUGGCGGCGCGGCAGGAGGCGACAAUUCUUCGCAUGGUGGACUGCUGGACAGAUGCAGUCUGGUGUGGAUAACGGGCGGAUGGCGGCCGUGUGAAACAGGAGAGGUAGUCUCGGCUUGCGGAUG